AUGGUAGACGUUGGAGAAAGACCCACGACCACCGAGUCGCAGCGCAAUCCAUAUGCGUCGUCUAGUCGCUGGCGACACCAGGAAUCCUCUGCUUAUGCUGCGCAUGCCUCGCAGCUCUCUGGCCAAGGUCCGCCUCGAGAUCCUCACCAAGAGACUACAGCUACGGGCGACCUUGUAGACUUCCUCAACCAGUCGCGCAUCGAGCCAGAAGACGAGAACCGCGAAACUGGAAAAUACAGACCCAUCACUGCUGCCGCUGGCGAUGCCAAUGGAUCCGUUGUGGGCGAUAAUGUAGGCCAAAGCCAUGCUGGUCAAGGUCCCCAAGGAGAGAAUGCCCCCGAUGGAAAGACAAUUGUUUGCGGUCCGCUCCUGAACUAUCGCCAUAUGAAGGAGGGACGCUGGCACGGCAGUGUACUGGUUGUCGUCGAGGGUGGAGGCAAGAUUCCUCUGCAUCAGCCCUACUUGACGCUCAACCUAGCCGUUACUCUCCCAGAGGGCAACAACGUAACCAAUGGAGCGCGCGAGGAGGUGCGUGUAGACGGACAUUGUCUCUACUCUGACCCACGCAAUACCUUCUGGGCUUUCAAUAUCAGUGUUCCGAUCCAGGACACCGAAUGUGGCUACGACUAUUCUCUGCCCGAAAUGCGCUUCUCCAGCGAGCACAAGCCUCGAGUAAACCGAUUCUUUGUACCUGCCGCAACCGAGUCUUUUCGCAUGAUGUUCCACUCGUGCAACGGUUUCAGUGUAGGAACCGACGAGGAAGCUUGGAGCGGCCCGUGUCUAUGGAAUGAUGUUACACGAAAGCAUCGCGAGAUUCCUUUUCAUGUCAUGAUUGGUGGUGGCGAUCAGAUCUACAACGAUGGAAUCCGAGUCGAUGGCCCUCUACGUCAAUGGACUGACAUCAGUAACCCCAAGAAGCGAAGACACUAUCCCUUCCCCGAGACACUGCGCGCUGAAUGCGAUGACUACUACCUGAAGAACUAUAUCCGUUGGUACAACCUCGACCCCUUUGCUGGUGUCAACGGUCAAAUUCCCCAGAUCAACAUCUGGGAUGACCAUGAUAUUAUUGACGGAUUUGGCUCGUAUGUCGACGAUUUCAUGCAAUGCGACGUGUUCCGCGGCAUUGGCGGUACUGCUCACAAAUACUACAUGCUCUUCCAGCAUCAUUUGCCACCUCCUGCAUCAACAUACACUACCGACCAUGCCGCUCUCGAAGCAGCCAGCCAAGGACCUGAUCCUAAUCAGCUCAUUGAUACCUACGUUGCGCCAACGAUCGAGUCGCCCGAGUACAUUGUCGGUGACCAUCCCGGUCCAUAUGUCGCUGAACGUUCUUACAACAUCUAUACCCGUCUUGGAGCCCGUGUUGCUCUUGUCGGUAUCGAUGCACGUGUAGAGCGCACACGUCAUCAAGUCAAUUACCCUGAGACGUACAAGAAGAUCUGGGCAAGACUCCGUUCGGAGCUCGAAGCGGCAGCAGCGGCAGGACAGCCAAUCAAGCACGUAAUUCUGCUCCUUGGUAUUCCCAUUGCGUAUCCGCGCUUAACUUGGCUGGAGAACAUCUUCCGCAGUCCAGUUAUGGGCCCUAUCAAGAUCCUCAACCGACGAUUCGGACUUGGAGGAAGUUUGUUUAACCAAUUUGACGGUAGUAUCGAUCUGUUGGACGAUCUGGAUGACCACUACACUGCGAGAACGCACAAGAAGGAGAGGCGUGAGCUGAUGGUUGCACUUCAAAAAGUUGCUGCCGAAUUCAACGCUCGCGUGACAAUCCUUGGAGGCGAUGUGCAUCUGGCCGCGCUUGGACGUUUCUACUCCAACCCUGACCUCAAGAUUCCCGUGGAGGAGGAUCACCGCUACAUGGUGAAUGUAGUUUCUUCGGCCAUUGUCAACAAGCCACCGCCGCAGGCCGUUGCAAAUCUUCUCGCCAGAAGAAACAAGAUCCAUCACUUGAACGCCAAGACAGACGAAACUCUGCUGGAUCUGUUUGACAAGGACCCUGGCAACUCCAACAAGACCGCCAACCACAACAGCUGCACAAUGCCCAGCCGUAACUUUGCAACCAUCACCGAGAACUCACCAAACAACCCAGGGGUUCCUAACGGCAGUGUAAAUGAGAACGGAACAGAGACCUCGGAUCAGACUUUUUUGGGCAACAACGGUCAUAAAGUCCUUCACAAAGGAGAAGUCCAAGCCGGAACAGCACACAGAGCAGCAUCGCGAGAAACCCAUGGCAAGGCCAACGACGGAACACUUGAUGUGUGUAUCAACGUGGAGAUCGACCAGCACGACAAGGAGGGUCGAACAGAGAUGUACGGAUUGACGGUGCCGUUACUCAACUACCGACAGAGAGAUGAGCCAAACACACCCAGAACGUCAGUCACGUCAGGAAGCCAGCAUUAG